UAUAAUGAGAGAUGACUGAUGAGGCUGACACUAUGCCACAUCAGAUAAGACUCUCAUCUUCAGUCCCCACACCCAACCUUACAACCCUCUUAGUAAUAAUAGUAUGUAUCUUCAACAAAAGAAAAAGAAAACAAGUUUCUUUCUUUGUUCAUAAAAUUUAGAACACAAUUUUAAGGCAAUGGAUCCUUUGUUACCAUGGUUCUAUUCUUGAUCAACUAAAACCCAAUUAACACAAAGAUCAUAACAAAGGGACAACCUUAUUAUCUACAAAAUUCCAAUCAUAUGGAUGAGCAGCAGCCACCCCCACAAGGUGGAAGUGGAUCUUCUUCAUCAAAGAUAAAGACAGAGGAUUUGGAUGUUACUCUUCAGGCCAUUGGUUUUGAGUUCCAACAAGUCUCUCCAAAUAAAGUCUCUGGUUUCCUUCCUAUCACUCUCAAGUGUUGCCAGCCAUUCAAGGUGUUACAUGGAGGGGUGUCAGCUUUGAUAGCUGAAUCACUGGCUAGCAUGGGAGCUCACAUGGCUUCUGGUUACAAAAGGGUAGCUGGAAUUCAACUCAGUAUCAACCACUUGAAGAGUGCUCACUUGGGAGAGCUUGUUCUGGCUGAAGCCACUCCUAUCUCUGUUGGUAAAACAGUUCAGGUGUGGGAGGUGAGACUAUGGAAAACUGAUCCUUCAAACACAAAGGAGAAGAAAUCUUUGAUAGCAUCAUCUAGGGUAACCCUUUUAUCUAACCUGCCAGUACCAGAGAAUGCUAAAGAAGCAGGAGAUGCUCUAAUGAAGUAUGCAAAGUUAUGAGUAAGAAUAAACAAAAUCAUAGAAAACAGAAUUGUUCUUGCCACUUGUAAAGUGCUCUAAUCAUUCAUAAUACUUUUAGUCUGAACUUAAAGAUGUUUAAUUCAUAUGCUUCUAGUUCAAAACUAAAGGAGCAAAUUUCAUUCUUAAAGACAUAUAGAACACAUUUUACAUGUGUUAUUGUAUAUGGUAACGAUUCUCCUUCAUUUAUUUACUAAAUUUUAUAAUGGAAGAAAUUAGUGGAAUCUAUAAAUUAAAAAAAAAAAUUCUUAUAAAUUAGAAAUACAUUUCUCUUUCCUAACUUACUUUCUUUUAAUUUUAAUUUUAUUAAUUAAAAAUAAAAAGACAAACAUACCCUUUAAAAUUAUGUACUUUUACAAUUUAGUUGAAUUAAAAUAUUCUCACUACUUUUUUUAAUUUUCUUACUUAUGUAUACAAAAUAAAAUAAUUUUAUUUAAUAGUUUAGUAAACACUAUAAUAAAAUAUUAAAAUCGAUUAAUUUAUAUUGUAAACUCGUUCAUUUCUUCCAUUAUAUUCUAAUUACAGCUUAAUAAAAGAUGCCAGAUAUAGACCAUAGAAAUGAAUUGAAGAAAAGAGCAUAGAAAUGAAUAUGAGCAAAGAUUAAUAAAUGAAUGAUAACAAUGAAGACUUUGGAUAUAAAUGAUAAUGAAUCACUUUCCCUAUUGGUUUUUUUGAAUAACUUCAUGGCUCAUAUUCCUUUCCUCUUACCACUAAAGUAAAUAAACAAUAAAAAACUGUGGAGGAGUCAAACAAGGGAGGUGGAGAAAACAAACACCCCACAUGAACAGUUUUCAUGAAAACUAUAUCUGUGGAUCCUAAUCUUCUCUUCAAUUUUGAGUUUUGAGAUUAAAAAAGUAAAUGGUAAUGGAACAAUCAUUACAUUUUACACACUGAUUUUAGUUUCAAAGGGCUACACAAAGCCCUAAUAUUUAUAUAGAGAGUUACUUGCAUUGCAAGCAAAUGAC